CGUUUAUUUAUUCGUGUCGUUUAUGGCGUCAUUUCUUGUGAUGCUGGCAAACAUCUCGAAAUACCAUAAAGAUCAAGCAAAAGUUUUAUCUAACCAAACAUGGCUUUCAUUUACCGACCUACAAGCCUGCUUCCCAGGUUAAGGAACUUCACACUCGCUAGACCAGCGUGUGCAGCAUUAAAGACUUCAGUUCGCCUUCAAGCAACAAAUACAACCACAGCAAGCGAAGAUCAAGUCAAAUCGUACAACGAAAUCCCAGGUUCGGGAACCCUCAAGUCUCUUUACAACUUUCUUUUAAAAGAUGGAAUAUCUCGAAUGCAUCUAACCCAGCAAGAAUCAAGAGACAAACACGGUCCCAUUUGUCGAGAGAUUCUUGGGCCUCACAAGACAGUGUAUGUCUUUGAUCCCGAUGUGGUUCAACAAGUGUUCCGAAAUGAAGGAGAGUAUCCAGCAAGAGAACCCUCUUCCCCAAUAUGGCAGAUGUACAAGAAAGACCGAGCUCACAGCGAAGGUGUUUUAACUUUACAUGGAGAAGACUGGUAUAAAGCUCGCUCAGCCUUAAGUAAAAAAAUGCUCAAGCCCAAGGUGGUGAGCGAGUAUGCACCCGAGUUAACAGGUGUCAUGCAAGACUUUGUUGGAAGGGUGAUGGAACUGAGGGAGUCUUCACAAGACAAGACUGUCCCAAACCUACAGAAUGAGCUCUUCAAGUGGUCUUUGGAAUCUAUUGGAACAGUUCUAUUUGAAAAAAGAUUUGGUUCUUUUGAGAAGCCUCCAUCAAAAGAAGCUCAACACUUCAUCAAUGCUGUGCAGACAGUGUUCAGUUCAUUCCUUAAGUUGCUUCUGUAUCCUGAAUGGAUGGCAAAAAUGUACAAAACUAAGCGUCUGAGGGCUUUCUAUGAUGCCAUGGAUGUCAUGUAUGACUUUGGAGAUGCUUUAGUACAAGAAAAAAUGAUUGAAAUUGCUGAAAAUGCUAGAGAGAUCGAUGAGGAUAAAGGGGCAGAGUUCUUGACAUUUAUUGUUGCUAGCAAGAAACUAUCCUCCAAAGAAAUCACAGCCAAUCUUGUAGAGAUUUUAAUGGCAGCUGUCGACACUACAUCAAACACAAGUUUGUGGACAAUGUACAACCUAGCAAGAAACCCAGAAGUACAAGAACGACUGCACAAGGAGGUGACCUCCGUGCUGAAGCCAGGAGAAAUAGCUACACCAAGCACAAUCAAUAAAAUGCAUUACCUGAAAGCAUGUAUCAAGGAAACUUUAAGAUUAUUUCCCGCUGCAAUUGAAAAUGCUCGUAUAUUUGACAGAGAUGUCCCAAUAAUGGGUUAUAACAUCCCAAAAAAUGCAAUGGUUCGUAUUCCUAUUUACGCGAUGGGUCGAGAUGCUAACCUGUUUGAUGAUCCCCUGUCCUACAAACCAGAGAGGUGGCUGAGAGGUGACAAAUCCCAUCCAGACUACCAUCCUUUUUCAUCUCUUCCCUUUGGAUAUGGUGUUCGCAUGUGCUUGGGUCGUAGAGUUGCUGAAAUGGAGAUGUACCUACUUUUCUCAAGGAUCAUGCAGCUAUUUCAACUUGAAUCCAUGAAUGACGUGAAACCAGUGACAAGAGGAGUGCUUGCUCCUGACAAAGACGUACUCAUCAAGUUCAAUAAGCGCUAGUGUGGGGUUUUCCAUACAAGUGUGAGAAAUUCAAGACUUCGAAAUUAAUACAUUUCAUCACUUUUAUAAAAAGUGUUAUAAAAUAUGUGUUCAUAUCAAACAUGAUUCACUGUUACGACACAAAAUGUAAUAACAACGCAAAAUGUAAUAACUUUUGACGCAAAAUGUAAUAACUUCAAUAACGCAUUUUAAAUAUCCAGAAAAUCAAUAUUUGCUCGGUAUACGAACCAUACCAGAUGACUUUAACUUGAAUUUCACAUGAACCGUUAAGAUAAAUAUUCAUGUUGAAUACGCGAUUUCAACGUGUGGAUUUUACAAGGCAAGUCCACUCACUCCAACAGUAGUAUAUGUGAGGGAAAAUCAGCAACUCUUCAUAUAUAUCACCAAUAUCAAGCCAACUCAGGAUCAACAUACUCCAGUUAUUUUAAUAAUUGAAGUAUGUUAAAACUAUGCUAUUGAAUCCCGACAUGUCUCAUGGAUAAGGGCUAGUUUAUUAUUCAUUAUUGUCAACUUAUUAAUCAUUUUAUUGAGUAAAUAAUACUUUUAAAAAAUUACCACAUUAUGGUAAAAAACGUACCAAAAUAACAUAAAUUAAUUAGAAUGUUCAUCAACUAGCAAUAAAAAAAUACAUAAAAAUUAGCAUUUAAUCUUAGCAAAAAGUCGCGGCAUUUGUUUAAUAUCUCGUAAUUUGAAUGUAGUCUAACCAGUUUUUUCCCAAGACGAUUCUCUAUUCUGUUCUGUUCGGUUCUACUGUGUCGUUUACGUCCAUUCAGUAAACAUUGAUUUUAAAAUGCGUUAUUGAAGUUAUUACAUUUUGCGUCAAAAGUUAUUACAUUUUGCGUUGUUAUUACAUUUUGUGCGAGUUAUUACAUUUUGUGGCGUAACAUUCACUCAUCACUCACAGCACCUAAGUAUUGCACCAAUCAACCGGCAACCAACCAACCUCGUCAACAAUACUCUGAAAGCAAGGACCUCUUAAAGCAAGGUACAAAGCCUACUCAGUCAAACUGCUUCCCAUGCUGUACAAAGACCAGAAUCGUAAGGAAUCUAAGCAAUGCUUUAGUGUAAUAAAUGAAAAAUGUAAAGUGUUAAGAACAUUUUUAGCUUUUAAAAAAAUCAUAUUCGCAUGUUUUAGGUAUAGGGUAAGGUACGACACGAAUGGCCAUUGUUCAAUCUGAAUGUUGUAUAAAUGGGCUUUUGACAGCAUUUAUUAAAGGUAAAGAAGAGCCUUUCUGGAAAAUGAAGAAGAAUUCGUACUCGUAUAAAUAGACCAUUUUAUUAUAUCCAUGCAUAUCAUAUACAAAAUUAAAGCCAAGCAUGUAGAUAUUAGAUUUGAAAGUUUUGCAACUGAUCAUGAGUAUGGUUUAAACUGGACCAAUAAAAAAAGGUUAUGAGAACAAA